UUGGUCUGGCCGCACGACAGCCCUACCCGAUGUAAACAAAAACACGCGGAAGCCUUGUAUAUGAAAUUCAUCCAAAUUAAAAACUUAAAUUAAACAUGGGCAGCUAUAGGAAAUACAUCUUGUGGUUCGCCCAGGAGCAUGUUGACUUUCGAGUGCAUGAGUUCGAAUCCCUGGUUAAAAUGUUUGGACUCCAGGUCAGGAGGCUCACAGAGGAGACCUUGAGACCUUUUUGGCUGGUCGAGUUCCAAAACCAGGAGUCUGCCCUGAAGUACGCAUCCCGAUCCGUUUCAUUGCGCGGCAUUUUCGAGCUGUACGCCCACGCCAGCAAUUUGCCCGAGUUUCACGAGAGGCUCCGAGAUCAUUUAAAUACGAACCGCAACUCGCUGGCAGGAUACUUCCAGCCGGACACCAGCUUCAAGAUCGUAGUGGAGACCUACAACAAGCACUUCAGUCAGCGCGAAAAGGUCGCUAAAAUCGAGUCUAUGGAUUACUUGCCCAUAGAGGGCCCAGUCAACCUAAAGAAUCCCCAGGUGGAGUGGUGGUACAUCGAAUUUUGGGGCCUGGAUCCAACAGCUGUACCGCCCGACCCUGAGGCCAUUUUAUUUGGCCGGUUGUUGGCCUCUGGUCAGAGGCAUUUGAUCAAGGAGCUGUCGCUUAAGCAGCGGAAGUUCAUAGGGAACACGAGCAUGGAUGCCCAGCUGAGCCUGCUGAUGGCCAACCAGGCAAUGGUGAACGAAGGUGACUUGGUAUUCGAUCCCUUCGUUGGCACGGGCUCGCUCCUCGUUAGCGCGGCAAAGUGGGGUGGCUAUGUUCUCGGAGCCGAUAUAGACUACAUGAUGGUGCAUGCCCGCUGUCGACCGAGCCGCAUUACCCAGAAGGUGCGAGAAAAGGAUGAGAGCAUUCGGGCCAACUUAAAGCAAUACGGCUGUGGCGAUCGCUACGUGGACGUCGUGGUGGCGGAUUUCUCCAACCGGUUGUGGCACCCUCGCAUCUCCUUCGACAGUAUCAUAACAGAUCCUCCAUACGGAAUACGCGAAGCUACAGAAAAGGUGCAGACGAAGAACAGCUCAAAGGACAACAUCAAAAGAGAGGACAUGGUACAUUAUCCGUCAACGUCGCAUUAUUCCUUGCAGAGUCUAUACGGAGAUCUAAUGGAGUUCGCCGCGAGGCAUUUGAGACUGGGCGGACGUCUUGUCUGUUGGCUGCCCUUCCACCGCGAGGACUACGACCCCAAGAUCCUACCACAUCAUCAGUACUUGCAUCUGGUGGCCAACUCCGAGCAGCCUUUGACUGGAAACACUGCACGCCGCCUGCUCACCUAUGAAAAGUGUGCCGAGUACAGUUCACCAGACCCAUCCUUGGUUACGGCAACACAGAUGCCCACUCUAUCGCAGGAUUUUAGAGAACGUUACUUCAAUAACGCUUUGGAGUCACGGAAGGAGCGUCGUAUGCGAAAGGCUGAGCAGCGAGAACAGGGCCGCGUGGAGAUGAAGGCACGGGGAAAGAUUCCCACGGAUGGACGUUCAAAAAAAUGUGAUCUAAACAAUGCUCGUUUUACAUGAUGAUAUUAUGACCAGGCGAACUCCAUAACGCCUCCAAGUAAUACUAAUUUCAAUUUAAAGCUAGGUCCGAUUUCUCGUAGAAUGUCAAAAUUCUCUUUUUUUAAGUUUAAACCCAGAAAAUGUAAAAUUUAACAUGCGGGCGAGAAAAUGGCCUUAAUUGGUCAGAUAAGAAUGGAGGUUACAUAGAGAACAGCACGUUUUGUGUGUUUUUUAUUUCCCUGCUGAGGGUAUUAUAGUUUUUGUCAGAAGUUUGUAUAAUUUUUAUACCCGUUACUCAUAGAAUAUUUGUGAAAAUGAAUGCAACAGGAAGAAAAACACGUUUCCGAGCAUAUAAAGUAUAUAUUCUUGAACAGGAUCACUAGCACAGUCGAUCUAGCAAUGUCCGUCGGCCCCUCUGUCCGUCUGUCUGUAUGUCUGUCUGUCUGUAUGAACGCUGAGAUCUCGGAAACUAUACAAUCUAGAAAAUUGAGAUAAACCAUGCAAAUUCUACUCCCCCAUAACGCCCUUAAUCGCCUUAAAUGGUUUUAAAAUGUGUCUGGCCCCCACAUCUUAAAAGAUUUUGAAAAAUAUAAAUUUUUCAAUUUUGUUGUGUUUAUUUAUAGCUAUCGAAAUGUUAAAGAAAUUAAGUUCGUAGUAAUCCGAUUGACAUGAAAGAUUUAGAGAAAUUCCUCUAGCUGAAGAUUCGGUUCCGUUCGCUUUAUAGAUUCGAUAGUUUCGAAACCAAAUUCAUUUGGGAUAUUCAACUGCAUUGCAAAAGUGUAAAAUUUUUAAGUUUGCCAGACAAUAAUUGUGAACUACCCUUUUUAAAAAAAUGUUUGCAAGAUAUUGACUUAUAAGAAAAGGCUCACUAUUUUUUAUAUAUUGCUUGAUGAUUUUUGAUGGAAAAAUAAAUGCAAGGGAGGCUUUGCCUAAAACAUGA